CACAUCACCACCGCUGGAGGUGAAGGCCAGGACUCGGGGACGCGCAUCCAGCUGCCUGUGUGGUCUCUUCGCGCGGUCACGGCCACUUAAACAAUCCUCUGAUUGCUGCAGGGGACACGCACGAGCUCCACUGGGAAAUAACCCCAUCUGCAACAACAAUCCACCUGCUGGUCACUGAGCGGAGCUUCCUGGUGCAGGAUGGCGGAUGGAGAGAUGUUCGCACUGCAGCAGCAGACUGCGGGCUGCGGCCUGCUGCUGCCGGACUACCGCCGGCUGACGCGGCUCUACUGCAUGAAUGGCGGACACCACCUCCAGAUCCUCCCCGAUGGGACGGUGCAGGGCCAGAGGGACGACGGGGACGCUCACAUUGUUUUGAAGCUCAAAGCUGUGAACAUCGGCGUUGUGGUCAUCCAGGGAACAGAAGCAGGACGAUAUCUGGCCAUGAAUGAUGAAGGGCGUUUGUACGGCUCACCCACAGUAACGGAUGAAUGCUACUUCCUGGAGAAACUGGAGGAGAAUCACUACAACACAUAUCAGCCGCAGAAAUAUCAGGACCAGAACUGGUACGUAGGUCUGAAAAAGAAUGGAAAACCUAAACUGGGUCCAAGGACCCACAUUGGACAGAAGGCCAUCUUCUUUAUCCCCAGACAGCUGGAAUGAAGACCAACAAAGUUAUACCUCGACCGAAGGGGACUGGACGCUGCUCAUGGAUGACUUUGUGAACAUACAUCAGUCAAAAUAAUGAACGAGACCAGAAGUGGAAUGAAAAUGAGGUGAAGGCUUGAAACUUAGUCAUGGCAACAACAGGAGGUGAAGCCGCAGCCUGUUUAGCUCUGAUGUGUGACCAGCUGCUGUUCAGCCCCCACACUGAUCUGUGUCUUAAUAAAAACGCAUCAGAGCUAAAACACAGCAGCCUUCAUCUUCCACUAGUACAGCAUCCCAUUUUAUUUUGCAGCAGGUCUUCAGAUCGCACAGAAUCAACAGAGCAACCGCACAGAAAAAUCGCUGUAAAUGUCGUCCAAUAUAUGCUACAGAGCCAGCUGUAUUGGGUAAUUCAGAAACUGUGUCGUCACAUCAUUUGUCCAGCAGAGCGGUGUGACGCAAAUCUGACACAACCAGGCUUUCUUUCUUUCUUUGCUUAGCCGGCUUUACAAAACCUUAAACCCAUCAGAGAUAGUCGAUAUCACAAUGGUGGUUAUAAACUUUCUUUGAUACCUGGGUUUUCUUCACCAGUCCGUAUAAAAACGCAUUGUUUGACUCUUCUUGUGCAUAAAAUAGACCAAUGGUAUCUUCAGUCAAGAGGAAAAGAUGUUACAACGGAAAGCAACAAGGAAAUGAAAAUAAAAAUGACUGCAAAUGAGAGGUAGAAAACUGUUCAUAAUCUAAGAUAUUUAUUUCACCACUCAGUUUGCUCUUAAUGCCUGCUGCUUGUUUCUGAAGUAACAGCUACACAUUCAGGCUGUUAAACUUCAUACAUUUAAAUGUGAUACUCAAGACGGAUAUCGCUUUAGUUUAUAGCCGAAUCAAAGUCCAAUUAAUGUUACAGGUUGAAUGCUUUUUGUGAUAAUAGAAUAUAGAAAAUAGAAUAGUCAGUUUGAACUGGGAAGGAAAUCAGCACCAAACAUAACAAGAAUGUCCUUCCAUUUUCUUCACGAUCAGUGGGAUGCUAAUAAUAAUAAUGUAUACAUGUACACUGACAGUCAAUAGAAACUUUGAGACCAUAUUUUUCAACAUAAUUUUUAUUUUGAAGCCCGAAACUGGAUUUUCUUCAUAUGAAUCAUUUGUUUAGCAUAUUGGCAUACAGAAACAAAAAUCUAAAGUUUCAAGAAUGAUUUCAAAAUAAAAGAAUUUCACAAAAGAAAACGGCACCUUCCAAACACAAAGUCACAACAGUCAAUACCGAGUAUGGCCUCCAUUUGCUUCGAUGCAGGCAGCAAUCCGUGGGCGCAUGCUUUGGACCAGGCUUCUGAUUGUGGGUUGGGAACAGCCCAUACGCCUGGCUACAUCACUGUAGCUCAAACCGGCCUCCACCAUACCCAGUGCCCGGAGACGUUGUUCAUGUGAUAGACGCGGCAUGAUGCUGUUCACUGGACUAACAAUGGUGGCCUUUUUUGGGCCUUUAUAUAGGCCUUCAAAACCCAUUCUCAAAUUGUGCAGAUACUGAGUAUUGCUUGGUGUGUAUUUGGUUCACUUUUGCAAAGUGUCCAACCCAUGUGCAAUGAAUCAUGACAAAAUGACAACUCAUCAUUAUCUCAACUACCAGGGCACUAGAUCAUCAGUAAAUCCACAAUGAAUAAUUACAACCCCCCUACAAGUAGAAUUCUGCGUACAUUUCUACCUCAAAGUUUCUAUUGACUGUCAGUAUAGAUUCCCAUGGCGACACACAGUUUGUCUGAUGUACCUGCACAGCUUCCUUCAGUGGUAUUGCUAACUUACAGUGCCACAAGCUUACAGAUAAAACUUUCGCUUUGCUAAGAGUCCAUCUCUUGUGGAGAAUUGUCAGAAAACAAAUUGGUAAGAGGUCGGUGCUUCCUACAGUCAAUUUAAGUCUGAACUGUUCAGGAUCAGUUACCAUGGUGAUCUAGCAGGCUAAACAAAAGCCACCUUUAUGAUUAAAAAUCCUGGUUAUAGGCUCAAAAAAACCACACUAACUUAUUAAUUGUGCUUUGUAUUGCACUACUCUGCUCUUAUUUCAUUGUUAUACAUGUAGCAGAGCUUAGCAGACAUUGGUGUGGAGUCAAGCUGUGUCUUCGUGGUGAGUUAUCGACAAGUUCAUCAAAUAUGCUGCUUGAAAGUUAAUAAACAAAGCCCGUCAUUUUUCCUUCUCAAUGUAACUCUAAAAUCUUCAUCAGCCCCAAAUAUUAAGCUCUGUGGGGCUCCAGUUUUAAUAGGGAGUGUUAAUUUUACUCAUUUAAUCUGAAUUUGUUGUUCACAGGGAAUUCAAAAUAAUAUUUUUUUAAUGCCACUGAAUUGUUUUUUUUUAAGUUAUCCAAAGUGUACAUUCCUUUAAAAACUGCAAAUUAAAGGCAAGUUAGAGGUAUAAAGAAGUAACUUGUUGCUUAUGUGGUUAUGGAUCCAGAAACAGUUGCUUAUCAAAGUCAUUUGAAUGAAAAAUAACACAUUUAACUCCCUGAAUAUCUUGCUGGCUUGAUGAAGGUCAUGUGCUGCGAGUCUCAUUUAAUGAAAAAUUUUUGUAAUCUAUGUUUUCCGCUUACGAUAUAAUGCCUCAACAGAUUAGAAAUGUAUGCACCGACCUCUUCAAAAUGCUGCUGUCAGAGUGCAAAGUUUUAACAAAUACGAUUGUUUCCAACAGUUACACCUUGUUGCCACAAGGGGCCGCCUUUGUGCAAAACGAAGCUACAAAAGCAUUUUUCUGCUGCAGACUCGUGCAUUGCAUUUUAAUGUCUAUAACCCCCUGUGUCAGUAUAUUCCUAAUCUGCAAACUGUACUCUUUAUAACCAUUACUGAUUGUGAGUAGCUGAAUGUAGUACUUGUGAUGCGGCCUGUCUUAACAGCAUAAUGUAAAUAUCAGCAGCACUAGUCAACAAUCCAGACGACCCAAAAGACGCAUUGAAAGUGACAUUUAUUGAACACUAAACAUUUUCUGUACAAUUUCAUAACAACAAAACCCCAAAAGGCUGCAGCUCUACAUCACAUAGAAAUAAGCAUAAUUGGUCUGUAAUCAAAGCCAUGGCGGAAAUAUGAAGUUAACUGAUGAUUCAAUUUGCUAUUAAUAUGAAACAAACAUCCUGCUCCACUUUGUUGUUUUAUGUGUCUGUGACUGAAUAUAAUGAUGGAACAUCCUCUGGGUUUUACUGGUUAUGUUUCUAAAAGUGCACCUGCAUACAACAAUCUUUGAUAGAACUGAUACCAGCAAGAUAGCUAACGUCUUACACAGGAUGAAGAAUUUCUUACAAAAAAAAAAAACACUUUCCAGAUUAAUUAAAUCUUAAGGCAAAAA